GCCUAUCAAGCAUCUCCCCAGCGGCUACCACCCCAGCUUUAAGUGCAACAUUUAUUACCGCUCAGUUAAACAUCUAAGUUCCAGUCUCCAAACCAUACGGGCUCAUUGCUUUAUAUUCCCCCAAGUGCAUCCUGGCAUAAGGCUGCAGUACUUCUCCUUGGACACAAGAGGGGGUUCAUAUCCUGGCCUCUGAAGUAAUAGCUACUCCUCCAAGAACUUUCCAAAGACUUCCAGCUACAGUUCCCAUCUCAGGACCCAGUAGAGUUGCUGGGUGUCUCCACAAAGCAUCUUCUGAGCUCUGCUCCUUGGUUAAAGGUGGCUGAGGACUCCAGGAAGAGCUGACAGCUUCUCCAGCCACAGGCCUUGCCUAGGGUCACCCCCCACGGCUCCCACAGUUUUUAGAGAAUGCUGGGACUCACCUAUUGAAUUGUCUGUCUUCAAGAAGGGAACCUUAUUUUGCAAGUCUGUGCAAGGAAGGCAAGACCAGCAGGUCUGCAAAGAUAUAGACAGAGACCACUGGAUCGCUGUUUCUGCUUGGGAUCCUUCCUGGAUCUGCCUGGCUUUGGAAGAAUUGCCUAUGUAAGCAAGUGAUCUCCAACCUCCACUCUGCUCAUUGCUGUGACAGUAGCUAUCUCUGUUCCUGCCAUGGCUCACUCUGGAAACUAAAGGGAUCCCUCUGGUCUGCAGAAGACAGACACCCACAGCAAGACCCAAUGGAGAAUAAAGGGAUGUAUUUGCACAGCUUUGGGGAUCGGGAGAACGGCUCCAUCUUUGAAGAGACUUUCGAGGGCAGGAGCUUGUCCAAAUUGAAUCUAUGUGAAGAUGGUCCUGGAAGUAAGAGGAGAUCAGGGAACUGCUGUGCCCAGCUUGGAUCCUUGACCAUGUUGAAGUAUGCUGUCGUGGGCCUCUAUCUGCUGGUCUUCCUGAUUCUUGUGGGCAUCUUCAUCAUGGCAGGCAAGAUCUCUCGGACCCAGAGCUCUCCAGACGACCUGAAAGCCCUCACCUGGAAUGUGAACCGCCUGAAUGAGAGUUUCCGGGACUUGCAGCUAAGGCUCCUGCAGCUCCCACUCCGGGGGGACAUGAUGGAGCACAUCUGGAAGCUUCAGGAUUUGUUCCAGAACCACUCGGAUUCCCUGCGCCUGCUGAUGAGCUCCCUGCAGAGGCUGGAGGGCAGCGUGUGGAGCCUGGAGAUGCAGGCCGGCCAGACGGAGCAGAGCGUCUCCCUCCUGCGGGACAGUAGCAGCCAGCAGCACGAGGCGGCCCAGAUGCAGCUCUACCAGCUGCAGGUGGAGCACAACAGCAGCCAGCUGCUGCUGCAGCACCACGCGCGGCUCCUGUCCGAGCUGGCCGCCAGGGCCAGCAGUCUGGGAGAGGAGCUGGCCGAAAUGACCGGGGCGCUGGGCGGCAUCAACCAGAGCCUCUCCUACGACGUGAGCAUCCACCACACCCAGCUCCGCGACCUGCAGGUGCUGGUGAGCAACGCCAGCGAGGAUUCCCGGCGCAUGCGCAGGGUGCACAUGGGCAUGGAGCUGCAGCUCCGCCAGGAGCUCGCCAUUCUCAACAAUGUCACGGAGGAGCUGAGACUCAAGGACUGGGAGCAUUCGGUGGCUCUGAGGAACCUCACGCUUCUGAAAGGUCCCCCAGGACCCAAAGGUGAUCCAGGGAAUGAAGGAAGAGGAGGAACACCAGGUGCUCCUGGUUUGCCUGGACCAAGAGGUCUUACAGGUGAGAGAGGCUCUCCUGGGCUGCCUGGCCUGAAAGGAGAUGAUGGGGCAUUGGGAGCCCCAGGACCCAUGGGAAUGCGUGGAUACAAAGGUGAAAGGGGUCCUAGAGGAGAGAAAGGAGAAAAAGGAGAUCGAGCUGGUGACACAGGUAAGGAGUUUAUUGAUUUUAUCAUCUGAAUGAUACAGUGAUAC